CGCGGCGGGCAGCGUACACAGUCACUCGAGCAAAAAGCGAGAAGACACGGAAAACUAAUAUCGAGCGUUUGCAUUCGCCUCUCUGUGCAUCCACCGUUCGACCAUUCUGAGUUCAUAUCCCAGUAGAAAUUCAUUUCAGUAGGAUUGUGAGAGACGGCUGAACGCUAGCGAGAGAAGAGGAGAGAGAGAGAGAGAGAAGGAGAGACUGAGGGAAAUGUCACCCACAAUGUCAAUGGAUGUUUAUUGAUCGCAACAUAAUUUGGAUGUAAUCAACUCGCAUUGAUCAGUGUUUCGUCCUCUUCUCCAAUAUCCACAUGUAGAGAGAGGCUGGACGCAUCGCGACUCUCGACAGAGGCAUCAUUCUGAUUUUGUUCUCAGCUGGAAACAGCACCAGGAGAUUUGAUUCCUGUUUACUUCCUCUCUCGGAAUAAAAAUCAUUGUCUUUUGUGAUAACGAGGACUAUAACAAACGCUUAUGUGAUGUGAUAUAAUCGAGAUCAAGUAUAUUUAUUUGGAUCUUUAUACUUUUUGUGAUUAAGAUAUAUUUAUUGGAUAUUAUUCACCCUCUCUGGUAUAUCACAGCUCAAGUGAUACAACAUAAUUUGGAUUUACACAACAUACUUUUUUGGAUUUGGAUUAAACAUAACUGAAGUAAGAUGCAAAUUGUAAGUCUUUGUCUAAGGAGGACGGAGCAUAGUAAGAUGGCUUUGUGGUGGUACGUGGUUAGUGUUUUUGUGAUUAUGGGAUUUGGCAGCUGCCGGGGAGCCCGCUCUGGUAAUAGUGGUAUCAGCAUGUUUGCGGCACAAGACUCCCGGAGAGACCCAUGCUACGGAGAGAACAACGUCCCCAAGCGAUGCGAGCCGGACUUCGUCAACGCCGCUUUCCAGGCUCCCGUCGAGGCCUCCAGCACGUGUGGGGAUCCUCCGAGUCGCUUCUGCGCCUUGUCCAGCGGCGCAGAAGGUGAGAGGCAGAGGAACUGUUUCAUCUGCGACGAGAGCCACCCAAAACGCCGUCACCCGGCAUCCUACCUGACCGAUCUGCACAACCCCAACAACCUGACCUGCUGGCAAUCAGAGCCUUUCACCCAAAGCCAGCACAACGUCACCCUGAAGCUGUCACUGACAAAGCGCUUCGAGAUCACCUACAUCUCCAUGGAGUUUUGCUGGCUUCACCCAGACUCCAUGGUCAUCUUCAAGUCGCAGGACUUCGGCAAGACAUGGCAACCUUAUCAGUACUACUCGAGCCAGUGCCGAAAGACCUACGGGAUGCCUAAGAAUGCUGUCAUCACCAAGCAGAAUGAGCAGGAGCCAGCCUGCACGGAUAUCCAUAGUUCGGAUCUUAUCGCCGGUUCCCGGGUGGCCUUCAGCACCCUGGAAGGACGCCCCUCCGCAUACGACUUCGACAACAGUCCCGUCCUGCAGGACUGGGUCACGGCCACCGACAUCAAGAUCGUCUUCAACAAGCUACCGGUCCUCGGUGAGAACGAGGACGAGAACCCUCGGGAGAGUCUCUACUACGCUCUCUCGGACCUAUCCGUGGGCGGACGUUGCAAAUGCAACGGACACGCGUCGAGCUGUGGCCCAGGACGGGACGGGGAGAUGGAGUGCGACUGCAAGCAUAAUACAGCUGGAAGAGAAUGUGAGCUUUGUAAGACCUUCCAUUACGACAGACCUUGGGCCAGAGCCACCUCAAAGGAAGCCAACGAAUGCAUACGUAAGUAAACAACAAACUAUCUCCGGUAGUUCUUUGAAGUAUGUUUACAUGGUUGUUAUUCAAAUGUCACACACUGGCUUCCAUUUUCAUAUGUAUCGAAACCUCGUUACUUUUGGAUUAUCUAAAGAUCUUAAUUGAAUAGAGAAACCUAAUACAUUGAUUUGAAACUUAGAAUCUGAAAAGAAUUUGGCCGAGCUGGUACAAUCGUACUUUAUGAUUACGAGCGCAUUCUA